AUGACGUGUUUCGCCAAGGCUAGUACCCACGUACUCUUGGCCACGGCCUUGAUAAAUGUCGAGUCGAGAACUGGAUCUUUGAUUUGUUUAAGAUCCCUGUUAGACCAGGGGUCUCAGGCUUCGUUCAUAUCGGAGUCCGCGGUCCAGUUAUUGGGAUUAAAGAGACAUCCCAUCAAAACUGUUGUCUCAGGUCUAGGCGGUGACCCACAAGCAUCUUUGUCCUGUAGGUUCAUGGUCUCCAUGAAAAUUCAGUCCCGCCACGACCCCAGUUUUGUCAUAUCUAUCAAGGCGUAUGUUAUGAACAAGGUGACGUCUCUCUUGCCUGAUAGGAAGAUAGUCGUCCCGAUGUUGCCUUCACUAUCUUGUGAAGUUUUAGCUGACCCUUCGUUUGGCACACCCAAUAAAAUAGAUGUUCUAUUAGGUGCCGAGGUUUACAGCCAAAUUCUGUUGCAAGGGUUGAUUAGGGGUCCACCGGGCUACCCUCUUGCACAGAACACUAAGUUUGGCUGGAUCCUUUCUGGUGAAGUUGAAGAAGUAGGCGCCCAAUUGGAAACGUGUCAUAACGUUGUUGUUAGUUUGCACUCAGCUCAUUCGGACGAGAGUGAGCUCUUACGGAAGUUCUGGGAGUUGGAGUCCGGCCAAUACGAUAUAGAGAAAACGUAUUUAACGGAAGAAGAGCAGUUGUAUGAAAGGUUGUUCGCGGAAACGACACGUAGAGACGAAUCUGGUCGUUACGUGGUUAGUUUACCCUUUCGCACACCGGAUCCGAAAUGCAAAUAUGGUCACUCGAAACAAAUUGCCCAAAAAAGGUUUCUUAUUUUAGAAAAGCGGUUUUUACGAGACCCUGACAUGAAGAAAGAGUAUGUCAAGGUUAUCAAUGAAUACUUGGACCUCGGCCAUAUGGAGAAGGUCGAGGAUAAAGAAAGGACGGAUGCGGUGUAUUUACCACAUCACGCAGUAGUGCGAAAUGACAAGAUCACCACCAAAGUGAGAGUUGUUUUCGAUGCGUCGUGUACGGGAACAAAUGGUGCGUCGUUGAAUCAGGAUCUGUUGGUCGGACCAACUCUUCAACCUGAGUUGCAUCAUAUCCUGAUGAAUUGGCGCCAGUUUCCAAUAUGCCUCGUUGCAGACAUCAUUAAGAUGUACAGGCAAGUCAAGGUGUCUAAGACGGAUGUUGAUUUUCAACGAAUCCUAUGGCGUGAAAACCCAGAAGAUGAGUUGCAGCAUUUCCGUCUUCUCCGUGUUACCUUCGGCACAUCAUCGGCACCAUACUUGGCGGUGAAAUCCUUACAGCAGAUUGCACACGAUGAGGGAGCUGAUUUUCCUCUUGCGUCGAACCGUGUGUUGAAGGACUUCUACGUCGACGAUUUGAUGACAGGAUGCCAGAAUGUCGAAGAAGGUAUUAAGAUCUACCACGAAAUGAAGAAGUUGCUUGGUCGUGGAGGCUUCGAGCUUCAGCGAUGGUCCACCAAUAAUUCCGAAUUAUUGGAUCAUAUACAGGAAGACCAUAGACAAGCAACCGGAGACCACCUGGAACUUAAAACAGACACGGUAAGUAAAAUUCUAGGACUUACCUGGAAUAGAAGCUCCGACGAAUUCGAGUACACCGUGAAUCUUCCUCCUUUGGAAACUCCUGUAACAAAGCGCAGAGUUAUUUCGGACAUCGCAAAAUUGUUUGACCCUCUCGGAUGGAUAGCUCCAGCCAUAAUAACAGCAAAGGUUUUCAUACAAAGACUAUGGCUGUCGGGCAUCGAUUGGGAUCAGGAACUCCCUUCAUCUCUGAUGAAGGAUUGGCUUAAUUAUAGAGAAGAGUUGAAACAACUUACCCAAUUUCGUCUCCCUCGUUGGAUUCAUGCUUCCAGUGAUGACUCUCUAGUAGAGCUGCACGGCUUCGCCGAUGCAUCCAAUAUCGCGUACGCUGCUGUUGUGUAUGCUCUGCGUCAACCUCAUCACAUCUAA